AUGCAGCAGGUCCCUUGGUUGAAAGCGGUGGUGCAAUUUUGGGCACUGUACAAAGUUCAGCUGAUACUUGCCGUCGUCGUGAUUUUGGUGACGUGGUGGCUUGUAUCCGGCUCUGAAAGCGAAGAUGCCGACAGCAAAGGCGGCAAGGGCAAGAGCAAGGAGCGAUUUGCUGUCUCUUUCUGUUUUCAAAUACCACCUAAUACGGCGAGUGGCGAGGAGGACGCAAAUACGCCACUAGCGGUACAGUUGGUCAGCUCCCUGCGCAAAAUCUACGAGAAAACGCGGAGGGGUGUAUGGGUAGACACCUAUGCUUUCGGACAAGUGAAUAACGAGGGCGGGCAGGCCGCAAAAACAGCAGAGAAACUUCCAAAGGUAAAGCAGAAGGAGCUGAUAGAGGAGGUGACAAAUACAUUGCAGAAACUCCAUCCUACCGUAGAAUCCCACAAGCUUCUGGUUUGCAGCUCCCUCGAGGGCCGUGUUUCCAUGGUGCGGCAGCUCAACCCGGCACUGCACUUCGACACGAAUUCUGACGUCGUGAAGCAGUUGCAACAGGUCAAAGAGAUGAAGAACAAAGUAUUUCACAUUCCGGUUUUUCUUGGCAAUAAAGACGGAACAAGUGCAAGUGCAUCCCCUUCAGACACGAGCGCAUCUGAUGCGUCAAGUGCAACAUCAAUCUGGUCAGCGACACAGGCCGUCGACUUCAUGGAGUCGACUUUCGACCAAAAAGUGUUUGAGCUUCUCAACCCCAAUGCAGUGAAGCCAGAGUCGCCGGCAACGUCCUCUCCCGCGAGGUCGCCAAGAGAGGGCAUGUUGAGCAGCGGUGCCUGAGUUGCUCACUUGAGCUUGAGGAUGCUGCUAGAAGACAUUCUGCGAGCAGGAGGACCACUUGUAGUUCGAGUAGUUCUAGUUCGUACGCGGCGAAAUGACUUUCUCGCAACAGUUUUUUACAUUGAUAGCGACCAAAAUUCCACAUCCUGCACCCUUCUCUCAUGGGGAGAACAAGUGUAGAAAU